CUCGGUGCCGGCGGCGGCAUGGUGGAUGUGUUCAGCGGGCGGCUCCUGGUCAGCAAGGACGGGCGCAGCGUGGACCCCGAGGCGGCCCUGCAGAACAAAGUCGUGGGCUUGUACUUCUCCGCCGGAUGGUGCUCGCCGUGCCGCGACUUCACCCCCGUCCUCUGUGAUUUCUACACGGAGCUGCUGGAGGAGACCGAGCCCCCCGCCCCCUUCGAGGUCGUCUUCAUCUCCUCCGACCACAGCGCCGAGGAGAUGGUGGGCUACAUGCGCGCCAUGCACGGAGACUGGCUGGCCCUGCCCUUCCACGACCCCUACAAGCAUGAUCUGAAGAAGAAAUACAACAUCACAGCCAUUCCUAAACUGGUGAUUGUGAAACAAACUGGAGAAGUCAUUACUGACAAGGGAAGAAAACAGAUCAGAGACAAAGGGCUAUCCUGUUUCCGGAACUGGCUUGAGGGUGCAGAUAUCUUUCAGAAUUUUUCUAGCUAAGAGGUUGACAAAUAAAAGCAAGAAAAGGCAUUGUGGAAAAGUUGGUAGAGUUCUGAAAAGACUCUUGCUUUUUUUGUAUGAGAAGGGUAAGAUUUAUUUAUUUAUCUUUGCUUGAAAACAAAUUUUGGGUUUGACUUGAAGACCAGUUAUUCUAGUAUCAUAAACUGCAAUUAUUGUUGUAUUGUUAUAUCUGUGGUAUUUAAUAUGAACCACAGUGUUCCAGACAAGAAGAACUUCAGAAGAAUAGGCUGUUUAGACAGCAAUAAUAGAAAUCUGUGAAAUCUAUGCAAACAUUUUGCAAAGUCAAGACAAUAAAAAUAAAUGCAAAAAACCUAUUUAUUGAUGAGGGUUUUUUCAGGCAAUUAGCACAUUUUAUUAAGAAAAUGAAACUAUUUGCUUUAAUAAAUUACUGUUUAUGAAA